AUGGAGAAGGCGAUCUUGGCCAAGGACUUCGAGGCAUUUGGCAAACUUACGAUGCAGGACAGCAACCAGUUCCACGCCACGUGUCUUGACACUACACCGCCGAUUUUCUACCUAAACGAUGUGUCUCGUCAGAUCAUCCGCCUGGUUCACCGCUACAACGAGCAGGCUGGUCGCUUGCAGGCCGCAUACACGUUCGACGCCGGUCCGAACGCAGUGAUCUUUGUUGAGGAACAACAUGUACAGGAAGUAGUGUCCCUUGUGCACCACUGCUUCCCUACGUCGUCGGAGAUGACCGUUAAGUCGUCGAUGCUCGUCGACCGCACGCCAUCCGAUGCGCUGCUUGCGAGGAUGGAGGCGAAAACCGAAUGCGGGAAGGCGUUCAAGCUCCCGCACAUUCCUGAUAGUGUUAAAAUGAUGUACGUGUCUCGCGUCGGAGGUGGCACGCGUGUCUUGGCCGCGGACGAAGCGCUGGUCGAUUCUGCCACUGGCGAGCCGCUGCCAUAUCACAAGGAGAACUCAAGUACUGCUGAGGUGCGUGGCUGUCCGCUCUUCAAGCCGAGCUUUUGGCUGCCGGAAGAACCAGCGCUGCGUUAUUUGGCCACUGCAAUCGCCGCAGCAGCAGUGACCAGCGCCGUGCUGUUGCGGAAGUAA